AUGCUUCUGCAGGGGGUUUCCCCCCUCCUUAUGGAGAAGAAGAAGAAGCAGCAGCAGCAGCGGAAGCCUGGAAAGAGGAGAAGACAUGGCUCUGGCCUCCCUCUUCCAUCACAUCAUGCUGCAUCUUGCAUCUUGCAUCGCAUCAACAUCGACCAGAUUUCAUGCAACCCGGGCCUUAUCGAUAAAGCAAACUUCCGCUAA